UUGCUAUUAUUACCAACACCUCGCUUCCUUUUUCUUCUCUUCGAAGUGAAUCAAUAGUAGUAAUUUUAGUUAAUUAAGAUGAACCUGAACACGAGCAGUAACUUGGAGACUCGGUCACUGCUUGAUGAGCUUUGUAACUUCCACAAGAAGGGACUCUUCGACCUUGGACAUCCUCUUCUUAAUCGCAUCCUUGAGACCUUCGUCAAAGCUGCUGGAAUUGGAGCAGUUCAAGCUGUGUCCCGUGAGGCUUAUUUCACAGCCAUUGAAGGUACCGGGACUGACAAUAGUGGAGGUUUGCCACCAGAAAUUUCAAGCGCCAAGAAAAAUCGUUUGCCAAGUCUUAAAGGAGAGACCAAUAACAAAUCUCUUGAGGCCAUGGUGAAGAACACGGGCAAAGAGUCCUUACAAUGGGGAGUGGCAGCAGGAUUGUAUGCAGGUCUCACAUAUGGACUAAAGGAAGCUCGUGGAGCUCAUGACUGGAAAAACAGUGCAGUUGCAGGAGCAAUCACUGGGGCAACCCUUGCACUCACAUUGGAAGAUUCCACUCAUGAACAGAUUGUGCAAUGUGCUAUCACUGGAGCUGCUAUCUCCACUGCUGCAAAUCUUCUCACUGGAAUUUUCUAAAUGGAUGCCCUGUUCUUAUUGGCUUUAGUUAUAAAUGGAUGCCCUCUUCUGAACUGUGACAGUUAUUUAUAGAUAUUUAAGAUGGACUUGCAAGUAUUUCCUUUUGAAUUUUUAGUCAUCAGUGAUUAGUUUCUUGUCAAAGGAUUUCGAGUUCUUGUUUUCUUAUUUUUGCUUAUGUAUACCUCUUCUUCUCCUUAAUAA